UAAGUGUGCGCCUGCGUAAAGGAUUUUAAACGUUUUUCAGUUCACUUCAGUUUCCACGCAGCAUCUGUAAGCUCUAAUGUCGGCGGCUGAAGAAGACUAUUUAUCUUCAGAUGAGCUGAGAAAACGACUACUUCAAAUUUUGAUCAGUAGAGGAGUACUUGGUGCACUCAAAACACAGAUGCGUAGUCGGCUUAUCCAGGAAUUAAUCCAUCCUGAUGACGUGAAUGUUCUCCGGCCAGUCAGUGUCGAGUCAGAGUCCCCUUUGAGCUCAGCCUGCAAGAAUAUAGUGGCUGAUUAUCUUCAGACCUCAGGAUACGAGUACACACUUUCUCUUUUCUGUGCAGAAAGUGGUCUGGGCAAGGAUCAGAUUCUCACUAAAGAAGAGCUUCUUAAUCUUCUGAAAGUCAGCCCUGAAUCAUCACUUUACAGAUCCAUGCCCUCAAGCAGAGAGAACAACAAAGCAGGAUUCCUGUUCAGUUUUCUAACUGCACUCAAAGAUCAUUCCGCUCAUGGCCUCUACUGUGAUGCUGACACUCAGACACCCAGUGCAAGAAGCUAUGGAGAGUCUCUUGUGGAGAAGAUGAAAAUGGUUGAUAAGGAAUAUGAGCGCCUUCAUUGCAGUGGAGAUAAAUUGGUUUUAUAUCAGACAAAUUUGAGUGCAUAUAGAAAAGAAUUUGAAACACAGCUGAAAGAUGAAAUGAACACGAAGAUGCAACACUUUAAAGAUGUGGAAAUUGUAAAGAUGAGGAUGGAAGAACAAACCAGAUUGGAGAAAGAGUUUGAUAAGAUGAAGAAAGAGAUGGAGAGGACUUAUGAGCUGAAGGCAACUGGACUGAUGACCCGGGAGAAAAAUGCAAUGGAUCGGUUACAAAAGCAACAGGAGAUAGAAGAAAGGAAUGUCUACACACAGAGACAAAUAUUACUCAAAGAAAUUGACACAGUGAGGAACAGAGAAAAUGAGCUGAAAAUAAAAAUAAAGGCUUUUGAAAAAUCUUGUCGCAUGCAAGAAGAAAGGAUGAAGACCAGCGAGGACCUGCUGAUUAGGAAAGAACUGGCAGUGAAGUCCCUGGAAGAAAUGUACGAGCAAAAGCUAAAGAGCGACCUGUGCAGGUAUCAGCAUGAGUUGAAAGAAGAAUUCAUCAAGAGAACACAGAAAUUAACCGAUAAAGAGAACCAAAACAAAGCGGAAACUGCCCGUAUAGAAAAGGAGUCAGCAGUGCUCAAUGCUAAAUUAGAAGAAUACAAACGAUCAAGUUUGGAGCUGAGCAAACUGAAGGUGGAUCUGGACACGGCUCAGCAGCAGGUGUCUCUGCUGAGCCAGCAGAAGGAGCUGCUAAGAGAAAGACUGGACAGCGUGAGUGACUAUUCCAGCUUGAAGAGAGAGAAAAUGGAAGUGCAGGAGCAGCUGUUCCUGCUCAAGAAGCAUCUGGAGGAGGCACAAACUGAGAACUGGCGCCUUCAUGCAGAAUUGAAAAAGCCAUCAGAACAGCAGCUGGCCUUGCAGGUGGAGCUACUGAAGCUGCAGGACGCCCGCAGAUUGGAUCAGCAAGAGUUUGAAGACCAGAAACGGGUGCUGCAGUCACAGCUCCAGCGUGAGGUGGAUCACUGUGCUCAGCUUAGAGCCGAACUGACAAAGAACGAGGAGAUGUCGUGCUGGAUGACUAACGGUGUUGAGCAAGUUGAGGUGCGACCUCUCCAACCUCAGCAAGUUAUGAUUUAUGAUGAUGAUCUUUUUGAAGCACCGGGGCUUGUGCAGGAACACAGCUGGCGUUCUUUUGGGUCUUCAGGCUUUGAUCUGAACAUCAUGGCUGAAGUCAAGGCCCGGCAGGAGGAGCUCAUUCAGCAGGCUGACACUUUAGAUGAAGCCUACAGAAAGUACCAGCAGAGGGCGGUGCACUCCACCGUCUCACACACACUUCCUGCAAGACCACUUUCCCCAAAACAAGUGCAUUCUUCAUAUCUCACUCUCUCUCCUCGAAGGAAACAAGUCUCUCGCUCUCCUUACUCCAGCUCUCACCACAAACUAAAGGUGUCUCCCAGACCGCUUUCUCCAGGAAGCCUCUCCUACAAGUCUAAUGAUGGGGAAAAUAACUUAGCAAGUCCACAGCUAAGAGUGACGUUCUCUGAGGACCAAAAUCAGCCCCAUUCCUCAGACCCAUUCAGGACUCAUAAUCUCCAAUCACUGGCUACGCCUCUGAUCGGAAGAGAUGAACUCCAUCAGGAUAGAAGCUCCUCUCCAUCCAGACGUCCAUCAACUAGGUUGCAUUCUCCCACCAGCAUGAAGCUUCAAACAGAGACUGCUGAAGAGUCUGGAGCAUCGGUGGAGCAGUCAUCCGACAGCCGUUUUGUGCCCGCCCCCUCUGAUGAGGUAACGCCACUCAGUGACAUCUCAUGUAACCUCAGUCCACCUCUCAGUCCUCGACUCAAGAGCACAGCACGAGACACAUCCAGUGAUCAAAAGUGUGUCCUCUCCAGCUCCGAGUCAUCCCCACAGCCUGAAAAAAUAAGCCUGGAAGAUCUCACAGAAACAUUACCAGAGCCGAGCCACAUUCCAGCACUUCUCCUGGACACUGCUGUCCCUCUCUCUCAGGGGGCCCCUGAUGGACCUGUUGUCCCCCACCCACAAGCUCCAGCAGACCUCGCAGAUGCUAACACCGAGACGCAGGGCCAAGCUGACGUCCCACAGGUCCAAAGUGAAACUGCCCAGAGAGAAGAAAAGGAUGAUGAGGACAAGCUGUCUUGGCGGAACAUGAGAAAAGAGAGAGAAGAACGAAGGAAAAGGGAAACUGAGGAAGCUAAAGAGAAGGAGCUACAAGAGCUGGAAAGGCUGGAGAAAGAAAUGCUUUUACAAGCGGUGAAGCAGCCUGGACAGGAAGUGGAGGAAAGUGGGAUUACAGAAGGAGAUGAUGAGCAGAAAGAAGAGGUGGAGACGGAAGAGAUGGCAGGUGAAAAACUCCUGGAGAAAUACAUGAAGCUCGCCCUGAAAGUGAGAGAGAAUCAGCGUGCACAGAUCUCUGGAAGAGAAGAUGUGGGACAUACAAGCGCAGAGGCCAAAAGUCCAUCUGAGGAAAAAGAUGACAGCAUUGCAGCAUAUUCACACGAGGCUGUGGAUGAUGAUUCCUGGUGAAUGAUUUUUUUCCUCACAGUGCCACAAAGAAACCAUGAUUUUUUUGAAAUAUGUGUAAUUUUGCACUGUUGUAAGAAGUGGACAGCCUCAAGCCAGGCAGGUUUCAUGGA